UCUGGGCGGUGGCCGGCGAUCCAUAUGGGCCUCGGACGUCGCGCGCUAGAAACAGAGACUCUAGUGCAGCCUGAUGUGAUGCAACUUAGUGCGGAGAUGUUGUUGUGUGUGGAAGAGCCAACAAAUGGCUUGGGAAAAUGUCGCUGCUGCUGACUGUGGCUAAGCAUUGUUUUGAAUACUGUUAUAUGCUAGCUAUUUCCGGAGCUGGGAACCUUGACAUUCCUCUUGGUUGCAUCUUGAAAUAAGUCAUUGUGGCAUCCGCAAUGCUAUAUGUUUUUUAAAAUGGAAAGGUGAAAUCGUUUGGCAAAGUUUUGCCACCAUCCUAGAUUGAAUGAAUUGUUUCAAUUAUUUAUUAACUGUUGUAUAAAAGAGAGAAAGGAUACACUAUGUCGGAUGAAAUCUUCAGCACAACUUUGGCAUAUACCAAGAGUCCAAAAGCUACCAAGAGAACUUCUUUUCAGGAUGAGCUGAUCAGAGCAAUUACAGCCCGGUCGGCCAGGCAGAGAAGUUCCGAAUACUCGGAUGACUUCGACAGUGACGAGAUUGUUUCUUUAGGUGAAUUUUCAGAUACCUCAACAGAUGAAAGUCUCAUUAGAAAAAAGAUGAAUGAUUUUCACAUGUCUGAUGAUGAGGAAAAGAAUUCUCCAAGACUGUCUUUUUUGAAAACCAAGAAAGUAAAUAGUGAAAUAUCCAAAGAUGAUCUGGACUCCGUCAUUCUAGACAGUGAAGGCACAUCACCAGAUGCUCAAGAAGAUAUGACUGGAAAUUCCACCCCCAAAUCUCAAAAUGAUGAUCAAGACGUUGGCAGAGAGGUCAUUACAAUGAAGCCUACACCCAGGAUGCUCCCUGGCAAAAGAAGUACAUCUUCAGGGGAAAACAGCAGCAGUCUUGAUGCAGAUGGCCACUUUAAGCCUUCGCCCCGGCCAAGGAGCAUGUUAAAAAAGAGCUGGCACCCUGAGGAGGGAGUCAGGUCAGGAGUUGAUAAAGAAUAUUCCACAGCCGAAGACUCUGCCCCCACACCUUCCCUUCCAAGACAGAAUGGCACAGAGCUGCAGACGGAGGAAAAAGUGUGCUCAGAAAACCUCGAUCUCGAGGACUCACUCUUACAAAGUCUGACCUCAUCUUCCCUCAAAGAAAGCCCUGGAGGUUGCAUAUCACCAGGAUCUCAGGAAAAGACACCCAUAAAAGAUCAUGAUGGAGAACCUACUGAAAUCUGGGAUUCCUUGAUAUCAAAUGAAAAUGAAGGAAGCUCCAUUUUGGUGAACUGUGUUACUCCUGAACGUGAGCAGCCCAGGGAAGGUCAGGUGGCAGCUGACAAGCUUGAGGAAGAAAGAGAGAAGGGUGGGUUUACAGAGGAUGACCUCACCACUGACCCACUGCUCUCCACGUCCCCGAGUGUCAUAACGCCCACUGAGCCGGCAGAGCCGGCCAAGAAAACAAAUGAAGUCAAAACCACAAAGAAUAAAAAGACAACGAAUAACAGAGUGUCCAGUGCCUCUGGCAGGCUGAUGACCUCUGAGUUUUUAAAGAGAUCAGGUCCCACCAAAAGAAGUCCAUCUGCAGCUACCUCCUCUCACUAUUUAGGGAGUUUGAAAGUCUUGGACCAGAAGCCACCACGGAAGCAGAGCCUAGAGCCCGACAAGGCUGAUCACAUAAGGGCAGCGGUUUAUCAGGAGUGGUUAGAAAAGAAAAAUGUGUAUUUACAUGAAAUGCACAGAAUAAAAAGAAUUGAAAGCGAAAACUUAAGGAUUCAAAAUGAACAGAAGAAAGCUGCUAAGAGAGAGGAAGCACUAGCUUCAUUUGAGGCCUGGAAGGCUAUGAAGGAAAAGGAAGCAAAGAAAAUAGCUGCAAAGAAGAGGCUGGAGGAGAAGAACAAGAAGAAGACAGAGGAGGAAAAUGCUGUGAGGAAAGGCGAGGCCCUGCAAGCAUUUGAGAAAUGGAAAGAGAAAAAGCUAGAAUACCUCAAAGAGAAGACGAGGAGGGAGAAAGAAUAUGAAAGAGCGAAGAAACAGAAGGAGGAUGAAGCGGUCGCUGAGAAGAAGAAAGACAGUGUGACUGCCUUUGAGAGAUGGAGCGAGAAAAAGGAAGCUCUCCUCAAGCAAAAGGAAAAGGAGAAAAUAAAUGAGAGAAGAAAGGAAGAGCUGAAGAGAGCGGAGAAGAAAGACAAAGACAAGCAAGCCAUCAGUGAAUAUGAAAAGUGGCUGGAAAAGAAAGAAAGGCAAGAAAGAAUUGACCGCAAACAGAAGAAGCGCCACUCUUUCCUUGAAAGUGAGACACACCCUCCAUGGAGCCCUCCAUCCAGAACUGCGCCCUCAAAAGUAUUUUGAUGUUUCUGGUUCUUGAUAUUUUUUUUUUUCAGUUCACCAACUUUACCCAUGGAUUUCAAACCAGUCAUCUCAUUAUUUGUGGCUAGAAGAAUCUGUUUCAUUUCCCUGCAGGAGCUUCUGUGGAGCAUGAAAGAGAUACUUUGCAGUUUAAUCAGUGGGAACAUUUUCUGGUGUCCUCAUCAGGUUGCUGGGACAAUCCAGAUGCGUGAAGUUUUAUCAUGUCUUGACCGUACCUGGAGUGGGGUGAUGCAUGGUCACUGUCACUGAGUUCUGAGUCUUCUUAAAUCAUGUUUGAUCCUACUAAUGAAAGAAUGACAGCUAGACAGAUAGCACAGUCAUAGAGAUGAUUCAGUCUGUGGAACCCUGUGUUUCCACAGUACAGUUUGGGCAUUGAGGGUCCCUGGAGAGUAUGGCUGUGUUACCUCUUCUAACUCCAGUGCCUCAGCUCAGAUAAGUAUCUGCUGUACAAGUUAAAGACUCAGUCAGUUGAGGCCACAGAACUGGUCAGACACUUGAUUUAAGAACUUUGCCUUACGGUCUAAUCUUGGUGCGUGUUGCCUACAUGAGGCUUACCUGACAAUCACAGCCGCUUCUAGAAUGGGCUUACUUCUGGAAUGUUCUUUCUAAGGCCCAUCUCAAUCUCUUUAUUGUUUGAUUGACACCAAAAAGCAUCAGUGUGAUGGUAGUGGUUUCUUAUAGAGUAGUUGUGAAAAUUUCAGGGUGACUAUCAACGUUUUUCUACACUAAAGUUAUAAAGGUAAUGAAGGUAAUUCCCAGGAUUUCCCCAUUUUCUUAACUAAUUAAGAGUGGUUCAACUUGCAUUUUGAAGCAGUUGAAUAAGAAAGUAAAUUUGUAAAAA